AUGCGGGAAGCCGAACCUUCUCUCAGCGAGAAGGCGUUUGUGCUCCAGGCGAUUGAGGAGAAGCAGCGGGUGGACGGUAGAGGGCUCGAGGAUUACAGGCCGCUUGAGCUCACGUUCGGCGAUGAUCACGGCGUGGCGGAGGUCCAGCUUGGAAAGACAAGGGUCCUCGUCAAAGUCUCCGGCGAAGUCUCCACGCCCUACACCGACCGCCCCUUCGACGGCAUCUUCACAAUCGCCGCCGAGCUCAGCCCCUCAUCUCGCCCGCAAGACGAUUCGGCGAUCCGGCGCGCUGGACGUCGAGUCGCUGUGCCUCAUCGCCGGCAAGAAGUGCUGGGCGCUCCGGGCCGACGUGCACGUGCUCUCCUGGACGGCAACCUCGUCGACGCCGCGUGCGUGGCCGUGGUGGCGGCGCUACGGCACUUUCGCAAGCCCGACUCGAGCACCGAGGGCGAGUCGCUUCUUCGGCGACGAGGGGACAAGGGCGUCGUCGUGGACGCCACCUGGCUCGAGGAGCAGGUCCGCUCCGGGAGCUGCACCGUCGGCAUGAACAAGCACGGCGAGAUUUGCCAGGUGUCCAAGCUCGGUGGUGCCCCCGUGGAGGCGGUCGCGCUCUUGCAGUGCGGGAACCUGGCGCUGGCCAAGGUCAAGGAGUUUUCGGACCUGCUGGAUGCCAAGCUGGCGGAGGAUGCUAAGAGGAGGGACAAGGGCGGGCUCAUUGCACAAUUAUCGGCGGAGAACGAUAGGUGA